AUGGAGUGGGGUAUUGCCCAAGCCGAACAAUACCUUGCUUCCCUCAAACUCCCCAAAAACAACCGACCUUCAGGCACAGGCCUAUACGAGGCGCAGUCUCUUCAAUCGACCUACGAGUUAGACAAGACAAUGCUCUGCAUUGUCUUGAAAGUCAGCCGCCGAGUAAUCGACAAAGCUCUCUUAGAAGGCCCCCUAGCACGUGAACCCAACAUGUAUACCAACUAUCAAACUUACAGUAACGUGGCGACCUCGACCCCAAUGUCACCCAAGGGAGUUUCCGAGGGAUUUCGUGAGCGCAACAGCAUUGUAGGUUCAACGUGGUCCACAUACAUCGAUGAAGAACAAGAAAUCUUUAUGCCUCGACUCUUUGAGCGUCUGUGCGUAGCCACAAGCGAGGCAUAUGCAAUGACUCAAACCCCGCUAGGCAUUCCAUCAUCAAAUGCUGUUCAAGAAACAGCUGGACCCUCGAAAAAUGGCCUUGAACCACUCACCCAGGACAAAAUUACAAAAUAUGUACCGGUGUUUGAGCGAUUGGUCAAUUUGCAGAAAGUCUCACAGGAUCUCCACCAGGGAAGACUUUGGAGACACAGCGGAAAAUCCAACAACCGCUCGUCCGAGCAGCUAAUGAAGCAAGAAAUUGGAAAGGUUGUCCGUCAGGGGACAGAAAAAAAAUCACCUUCUGGAGCGUUUCACCUUCAAAUCCACAAAGGCGCCGCAGCAUCUCCGUUUGAAGCCUCACGAAUCCAAGGCUCAAUCGGCAUCUGCCGUUUGACAGGCGGAAAAGCGAUCAGAACUAGCACGAAACCUCAACAAUUUGAUAGGUCCUCCCACUUUCAAUUAGCUCCCUACCUUCGGGGCGGAUAUCUGAGCAAAGGAGACGCCCAUCCCAAGUGCCCAGAGUUGCGCGAAGCUUUUGCAAAGAAGACUUUCCGAGGCGAUGUGGCUCUCACUUCCCAUCAAACCCCGGAGAGCCGGGUUACUGACAUCAUGCUCUCCAAGGGCCCCGGCUGCCUUACAAACGAUGAAGUGGACGCCUGGCUUGAUGAUAUCAAUACCAAUAAUUACACUAUUAUUAGUGUGAAGAAGACCAAGAAACAUGAAAAGGGUGCUGAGGAGGAAUGCAAUUCCUCGUCCUCAAAGUGUGACUCAAGUUUUGAAUCAGUGGAUGCUCAAAUCCUCGAGGCGCUAACCGGAGUUCAUUAG